GAGAGAUUUAGCUCUCUAGUCUACAGAGCGCCCCGUACGGCUGGUUCCGACCGCUUUAAGGCAGCCCAAUAACAGCCCCGUGACGGCAGACAACGCGUGCGGCGCGGGGCAGCCAUGAAGUCGCUGGGCCACUAACUAGCAUGGGCAGCCUGUUUUCGUCCGCGGAGGACGACGCGCCACCGGCGGCGUGGCGCCUCGGCGGCGAGCGUGAGGCCAUCGCGCGGCGUCUCGGCCGCGAGGAGGGCGGCGCCGUGCGCUGGGCGUGCCGCGUCGACGCGGUCGAGCCCGGGUCGGAGGCCUUCGAGGCGCUGCGGUUAACUAUCGACGACGAGCGCGAGCGGGCGCGCGUGCUGGCGUUCGCGAAGCCGGCGGACCAGAAGCGGGCCCUGGUCUCGCGCGUUUUAGCAAGACGGUGCGCCCGGGUCGGCCUCGUAGACGCCUACGAGGGCGUCACGCGGACGGCGCGGGGCAAGCCCUACGCCGUCGCCCGCGGCGCGCCGCCUCACGCCAAUUUCAACUUCAGCGUCUCGCACGACGGCGACUACGUGCUCGUGGCGUCGGAGCCGCUCGCUCUGGUCGGGGUGGACGUCUGCGGUGGGAAACAACGCUGCGAGGCGCUUUCAGAAUCGCUGGAGCCCUACCGCGCCGCCUUCUCCAUUGAAGAGUGGGCCGCGUUCUUUUCGGGAGGCGUGGACCUCGACGCGUUCCUGGCGCUCUGGGCCUGCAAGGAGGCCUUCGCCAAGGCCCUGGGCCAGGGCCUGGCCUACGACCUCAGCCGCGUGGAGUUUGUUGGAUACGCCCGGGGCGGGCGCGGGCCCUUCGCGAGCGCGCACGUCGUCCUCGACGGCCGCGUCGACCGCCGCUGGCGCGUCGACGUCGCGUUUUUGGAUGAGUGGCACUGCGCGGCGGUCUGCCGCGGGCCGCCCGGCGACGGCCUCCUGCCGUUCUUCGCCGCGCCGGGGGCCGGUCGCGACGGGGGGCCCGCGUGGCGGCGCGUUUUGGAUGAGGCGCGGCCGCCCUUUAAGCUUGUGGGUUUGUGAUUUAAA